AAACCCGAUACCUGCUGCACUGUUGCAACCUUCCAAAUGGCUUCCACUGUACGAGGAGUUCGUGACGAAGAAUGCUAGCUCUGUGGGCCAAGUGGAGUCCGCGUUGAGGUCUCUAACAUACAUCAUCCCAGGUUAGUGCAUGAAGCUUGAGGUACAGGAACUUGGCCGAGGAAAUGGAAAGCUGAAGACCAUGUGUAGGACGAUACCGAGAUUCGGAGAUAAGCUCAGAGUGCGUGCAUUCAGGGGUACAGCUUCUGUCGCUCUACCAUGACUCUUUGGUUUCGCGAGUCAUUUCUAGGUUACCUUCAACGAUCCCGCGGCCUACACCAUCACCUCAUGCGCGCUACACGAAGUAUUGGACCUCCCACUCUUCACUGUAUCAGAGGAUCGCCAUCGCACUACAGAUGAUUCAGUAUACGGAACUGCUGUGGGAGAUGGCGGCUCGGCGUCGUGGCGAGAAGGUGCGCUGGCGUGUCAUCGUCCUAAUCGAAGCCGCUAAGGCCAUCUGUCGCCUGUUGCUCCUUCGUCUCACCAACUCUAGACCAUUAGUCAGUCCCCCACUUCCUGAACGGGAAGUAGAUCCCAGAUCGCCAGAAGAGGAGGACAAUAGCGACUGGAAUGGCAUGCAGACACCUGUUAGCGAAAAGUCGUCGGAUUUGUGCUGGACUAUGCCUCGCACUGGCCUGUCGCUUCCUUCUUUGCCUAAUGUGGACGACCUUUCGAACUACUUGAUAUCUAAAGUUCUUACGGCCGACGAUAUCAAGCCACCGAAGACGCUGUUGCACCGAGUCACUGGCCAGGGCCAAUUCGCUGAGAUUCUAUACAUCCUCCGACCAGUAGUCUAUGCGCUUAUGCUGCAACGAUACUGCAAAGACAGGCGGAGUUGGAAACCCUGGCUUAUCGGGUUCGGCAUGGAGUAUGGCUGUCGACAACUAGCCAAAGCUGAUCUUCGCGAAAGAGUUGCAGGCGGCCUUCGGGGAUUGACCGGGCUGGAGCGGGAGGAACUGAAGAAGAGAGGUUGGGCGAUGGGUUGGUGGUUUAUGCGUGGGGCCUUCUAUGAAAACAUUACCAAAUCCUGGUUGAAAGGCCUGACCGGCAAGAUGAGGGGCAAACCUCUGCUUGAUUUGGUAGGCAGCGUCAUUGACGAUUACGAGUAUCUUUGGGACAACUACUACUUUGCGACUACAACACUGUGAAGUUCGCUGUGUUCUGCCAGCGUCAGAUGUUUCUGCCAUUUUUGCCAGCAUUUUGCUUUACCUCGGGAGCCUCCUGUGCCUCACACAGCCGUCUUCUCGUACUUAACUUAGAUACCCGAUGGCUUACCAUCCCCAAGCUAUCCCCUCUUAAUAUGUUAAACCGCUAUAUUCUGUUUUCGCUUCAACUUGCCCAUAUAAGUGCAAGAUGACAACAAUUUCAUAUGCUUCCAUAGAACCUAAGAGCAAUCAC